UGUCACUCAAAGCGGUACCUGCAAAGCUGAGUUAAAACAAACUAUUAGCGCCCGCCCACAACUUAUCGGCUCUGUUUCGCUUCUUCUGGCAGCCGGAUGAUCGCAGAUAUUCCUAUACUGAAUACGGUCUAUUAAAACGAGGGAUUCUGUUUUAAAUUUAAAGGCGUGAAUGAAAAUGAAAGUGACCCAACGAGAAGAAAGGAAGAAGUCAUUUUUACCGAUUGGCUGAUCGGCAUCUUUACGCAGCAGGGUUCUUUUUUUGGUGUCGUGACGUCACUCAGAAUAUGACAGCGAGAAUAUGAAUGUAUGAAUGUUACAGUGUUUCUCCUUCACUCCUCUGAAAACACGAUGAGCUGAACGGGGCUUUACUAACGUUACAGACUCAGACCAUGAAUUACGUGGGUCAGUUGGCGGGGCAGGUGUUCGUGCAGGUGAAGGAGCUCUACAGAGGUCUGAAUCCCGCCACGCUGUCCGGCUGCAUCGAUGUCAUCGUUGUCCGGCAGCCGGAUGGAGCUCUGAUCUGCUCUCCAUUUCAUGUUCGCUUCGGAAAGAUGGGUGUUCUGAGAUCACGAGAGAAAGUGGUGGACAUUGAGAUCAAUGGGGAACCUGUGGAUUUACACAUGAAGUUGGGCGAGAACGGAGAAGCUUUCUUUGUCAAGGAGACAGAAGACGAUCAGGAAGUGGUUCCAUCUUACCUGGCCACAUCUCCCAUUCCUUCCGACGGGGGGCUUCUGAUGGGCUCCAGCGGUGAGAAUGGAAUAAUGAAGAAGAGGAGGAAGAGGAGAAGGAAGUUAAGAAUGGAGGAUGUGAAGAGGGAGGAGAGCGUGGAGUUCUCAGAGGAAGAACUGUUCAACAGCGAGCAGCCUGAUCAGAACAGAGAUCUGAUGAAUGGAGGUUCAUCCACUGGAAACAAACAAAUCACAAUUCAUGCUCGUUCAGAUGGAGAGUGGAGUCCUGUUCACAGUCCUGAUGUGUCUCGUCCCUGCACCCCUAAAAGUGACUCUGAGCUGCUUAAAGAUCAGCAGGAGGAUUCGGCCAUGUUGUGGUCCUGGGGGGAGUUACCGCAAGCCGCCAAGCCGUCGUUUCUGUCAUCCAAACCAAACGUCCUGCCUGCGUGCCCACUGUCAAUCCCGGUCUCUGACAACACACAUUUCAGAGUCAUCCCUGACACGGCUGUCCACGGCCACGACAGAAACAGGACAUUACAUUCUGACGGCCAAUCAAACAGAGCGGCUUGCGUGAUGUCAGCGGUGGAGGAGGGAGGAGCAAAUACUGGACCCCGCCCACAAAAUAAGACUGAUUCUCCUUCUAAAAGAAAAGAUAAGAAAAGCCGCCACCUGGGUUCUGACGGCGUGUAUUUGGACGAUCUUAAAGAUCUGGAGCCAGAAGUGGCAGCACUUUACUUCCCUAAAAGUGGUUCGAACGGCGUUCACAGUGUGACUGUGUCUCCUCAGUCCAUGUGCAGCUCGGGAGCCGACAGCGGCGUGGACAGUUACGACCUGCCCUCUAUGGCCAUCUCUCUGUGUGGAGGACUCACAGAAAACAGAGAGAUCACUAAAGAACAUUUCCAGCAGAAGUCUGUGUCAUUUCAGCAGUUUGCUGAUAAUCCAUCCAUCAUUGAUGACCCUAAUCUGGUGGUGAAGAUCAGCUCUAAGUUUUAUAACUGGAGCACCGCUGCUCCUAUUAUGUUGGCUAUGCAAGCCUUCCAGAAACCAUUGCCUAAGGCCACCGUAGAGAGACUUAUGAAGGAGAAGAUGCCCAGAAACCGAGGAAGAUGGUGGUUUUCAUGGCGAGGAAGAACAAACAGCACCAAACCGGAUUCAGUCUCCGGUGGUUCAGCAUGCCCUGCAGGAGACCAGACCAUCAAGAACAGGCGCACAGACGAAUCCUCCUCCAGCGAUGAAGACUUAACUGCCAAACAAACCCCUGUCCCUGUUCACACAGACCCUGCCCCUGCAGGAGGGGGCGUGUCCUAUCAGAAAACACUCCGCCUCUCUUCAGAACAGCUCGUCAGUCUGCAGCUGAAGGACGGUCCUAAUGACGUGAUGUUCAGUGUGACGACUCAGUAUCAGGGCACGUGUCGCUGCGAGGGAACCAUCUACCUGUGGAACUGGGAUGAUAAAAUCAUCAUAUCAGACAUCGAUGGCACAAUCACCAGGUCAGAUAAGCUGGGGCACAUUCUGCCCACUCUGGGUAAAGACUGGACCCAUCAGGGCAUCGCAAGCCUGUAUCACAACAUCAGCCAGAACGGGUAUAAGUUUCUGUACUGCUCGGCGAGAGCGAUCGGCAUGGCUGACAUGACACGGGGUUACCUGCACUGGGUCAAUGAGAGAGGAAACAUGUUACCACAGGGACCCGUUUUACUGAGUCCCAGCAGCCUGCUAUCAGCACUGCACAGGGAGGUGAUUGAGAAGAGGCCGGAGAAGUUUAAGGUGGCGUGUUUGACAGAUAUUAAGAAUCUGUUCCUCCCAAACACUGAGCCCUUCUACGCAGCGUUUGGGAACAGAGGCACCGACGUGUUCUCCUAUAAGGAGGUGGGAGUUCCUUUAAACAGAAUCUUCACUGUCAAUCCUAAAGGAGAACUGAUCCAGGAGCAUGCCAAGACCAACAUCUCAUCGUAUGUGCGUCUAGGUGAGGUGGUGGAUCACGUCUUCCCGCUCCUGAAGCGCAGAGGUUCCUGUGAUUUCCCCUGCAGUGACACCUUCAGCCAGUUCACCUUCUGGAGAGAACAGCUUCCCCUCGUGGACGGACAGAUGGCGAACACCAGUCGCUGAACAGCUCACAUAAACUGCACAGAAUACAGAAAGACACAGGCUGAAAACCAAAACUGAACAUACUGGAAUCAGUGCAAUUAUAUGAAAAUCCCACACAAAAUACAUGUGUGGGUCUUGACCUCAGAAAAAAAAACUGCACUUUCUUUCAAAGAAGUCUUCACAUGUCAGUCGUGAUUUAGAGUAUAGUGUUAGUAGAUUUGUAAAAAAAAAAAAUUAGCUCAGAUGUUGGACAUAUUUUAAAUUUUUCAGUUUUGCUUGUGGCGAUCACAAGCUUUUGUGCUGAAAAGCAUCUGUUAAUAUAUUACUGUACUGCAAGAACAAUCCAUCACGUCAGGAUAGUUACUGUCAAAUUUCAACGAACCAUUUGUAUUUGUUAAAGUCAGACUGGAUGAAACUGAAUAAUGUUACAUAUAUCACAUAAUAGACUUUUUUCAUAUUUACAGGUUUCUCAGCAGCGGAAGUCGUCAUAGUUAACGCGAGGGUAUCACAAGUGUAUUUUUUGUAUUCCCAUUUGCUAAAACAGCAAAAGAAAAACUCCACAAUAGUGUUUUCACGACUUUCAAAAAAGGAAAAAAUUGAGAGAGACUGAUAACGGCAGUCAGAAGAGAGAACGAUGUCAAAUGUACCAUCCCUCCCAUAGAUGCUGCAUUAAAAACACCCGCGCAUUAGCGUUAGCUAUUUUUUUUGUAAUUUAAUGCAAAGGUGAUAUAAUUCAAAGUGUAGUGUUACAAAUGUACAUCGAUUUAAAAAAAAAAAAUCAAAAUAUAAAAAUAUCUUUUUCGAUGCUGAUGACCGUUAAACACGUCAUCACAGUCUUGUGAAAAGGGUCCAUUUAAAAUAUCCAGGUCAUAUUUCACCAUGAUUUCAACCCAGAACAGUGUUGCCCAAGUCUGCGAGUUUAAUCGACCACAAUAACAUGAUAUUUAGCCCCUAAAAUGUGAAUUUUACUAGGGGAACCCCACCAAAAACGUGUAUUUUACCCCACCCAAAUGCGAUUUUUACCGGGGGAUCCCCCUUGAAAUGUAAUUGGGCUAGUUUUGAGCAUAGACUGUGGUUUUGAGUAGCAAUUGGGAGGGUUUUGUUGUGAAAAUCUGGCAACCCUGCCCCAGAAUCAAUAUUUAACUAACUUUUUUUCGCGCAAUGUGACAAUCAAACCCUUUUAAUCAUUAUUUCUAUUGCAGUUAGCAUAAAUUAACUUUAAAUUUGCAUGAAUACACUUUGUAUUUUUUAUGCAAAAUAUGACCAAGAAACUUCUUUUUUUGAGAUUUACUCAUUUAUUCUCAGAGAAAUUUUUAUUGGAGUAGCCUAAGUAAUAUUUUUGUCUUGUCACAUCAUAUCACAGCCAUAUUCUGAUAUUCCUGUCGUCAUGUGUUUUUUUACCCAGCACUUUAUGUUACUGAAGAAAAAUGCACUAUUAUAUUUUUUUUAAAUGACUUGAUAAUCAUAAUCCCAUUUGGUUUUAUUCCAUUUUAAAGAAGGUUUCAGUGGGUUUUAACGAUUUACAGAUUUAAUAUCUGAGACAGACUCAGUUAAAAUAUGCUAAAUCUGUAGCAUGAUGUUGUUGAUAUAACUAGUUUUUUUGUUUGUUUUUUGCCUUGUUUGCCUUUUUAUUGAAAAUUAUUUUCAGUUAUUAGUUCCAAAGAAAGAUUGUAUUGAUGGAGAUGUUUGUAUUUCUGAUAUUCUUUGAGUGAAAAAGCAGUAAAUCAGAUUCUCAUGGGGAAAUUCAUCUGUUUUGCUUUUCAAUAAAAAAUAGCAUCAAA